UAAAAAUCUUGAGUGAAACAAUGGAUGGCAAAAAUCAAGAUGAUCCUGGCGCUACAGGGCCUCCUCCAGGUCUUGUCCCACCAAGGACAAACACCAAUGCAGAAAAGCAAGAGGAAGAAAUUAUUGAUACCUCAACAGCUUUGAAUAAGAAGGGAAAACAAUUUCCCUCCGGAAAUCCAAGAAAUGUUGGAUCUAGUGAACCCUCCCUUGACCUCAGACCUCCGGUCAAAGGUGGACAGACCUCUGGUGAUAAUUUCAACAUGGAUCUGAGCCACUUAGUCCUCCCAGAAAAUAUCUUAAAAGAGAAAGUUAAAAAGUGGAGGCAUGUCAACACAAAAAGAUAUAAUGAGAAGAGGAAGUUUGGAUACGUUGACAAUCAGAAGGAGAUGCUCCCUCCAGAAGUUUACAGAAAAAUCGUCAAGGAUCAUGGAGACAUGUCCUCAAAGAAAUUCAGGCAAGAUAAGAGAGUUUACCUCGGGGCUCUCAAGUAUAUCCCUCAUGCUGUGUUUAAACUGUUGGAGAACAUGCCAAUGCCUUGGGAGGAAGUCAGAUACUGUAAAAUACUCUAUCACAUUACUGGAGCUAUCACCUUUGUUAAUGAGGUCCCUAAAGUCAUUGAGCCAGUGUAUGUAGCUCAAUGGGCAACCAUGUGGAUCAUGAUGAGAAGAGAGAAAAGAGAUAGAAGACACUUCAAAAGAAUGAGGUUCCCUCCAUUCGAUGACGAAGAGCCUCCCCUUGAUUAUGGUGAUAAUAUCCUCAAUGCCGAACCCCUUGAGUCUAUUCAAAUGGACCUUGAUGAAGAUGAAGACGAUGAAGUCUAUGAUUGGUUCUAUGAUCACCAGCCUCUCAAAUUUACUAAGAUGGUUAAUGGUCCAAGUUACAAGAGAUGGAGACUGAAUUGAUCAACAAUGGGAAAUCUAUAUAGAUUAGCCAACCAACUCCUGAGUGACCUUCAGGAUAAAAAUUACUAUCAUUUGUUCGAAAUGAAUUCCUUCUGUACUGCAAAAGCUUUAAACAUGGCAAUCCCAGGAGGGCCAAAAUUUGAGCCUCUCUACAGAGACGUAAUCCAAGAUGAUGAUGAAGAUUGGAAUGAAUUCAAUGAUAUCAGAAAGAUUAUUAUCAGGCAUCAUAUUAGGACUGAAUACAAAAUUGCAUUCCCUUAUCUCUACAACAGUAGACCAAGGAAGGUUGAAAUGGCAGUAUACCACUAUCCAACCGUUUGCUUCAUCAAAAAUGAUGACCCAGAUGCUCCAGCUUACUACUUUGAUGAGGUUAUCAACCCUAUAAGUGCUUACAGGCAAGAUGGAAUGAAGAAUCUUAGUGAAGUGCACAUUAAUUCUGAAGAAUUUGAUGAGUUCGAGCUCCCAGAAGAAUCAGCAGCUCCACUCCUCAGUGACAAUGACUUGCAAACUGAAAACACUGUCAAUGGAAUCAACCUGUAUUGGGCACCUCACCCUUUCAACAAGAGGUCAGGAAGGACUAGGAGAAACUAUGAUAUCCCACUGGUCAAUGCUUGGUUCAAAGAGAGAUGCCCUCAGAAAAACCCUGUUAAAGUAAGAGUUAGCUACCAGAAACUUUUGAAAUGCUGGGUUCUGAACAAACUUCAUCACAGAUCUCCAAAAGCAAUGAAGAAGAGAUCCCUCUUCAAAGCAUUUGCUGGUACAAAGUUCUUCCAGAUGACAGAGCUUGACUGGGUAGAAGCUGGUCUACAAGUUUGUAGACAGGGUUACAACAUGUUCAACCUAUUGAUCCACAGAAAGAACCUGAAUUAUCUUCAUUUAGACUUCAAUUUCAACUUAAAGCCAGUGAAGACACUUACUACAAAGGAAAGAAAGAAGUCUCGAUUCGGAAAUGCCUUCCAUCUCUGUAGAGAGAUUAUGAGGCUAACCAAGAUGGUUGUAGAUGCUCAUGUCAAGUACAGAAUGGGAUAUAUAGAAGCAUUCCAGCUUGCUGACGGUCUUCAAUACAUAUUCACUCAUGUUGGCCAUCUCACUGGUAUGUACAGGUACAAGUACAGACUCAUGAGGCAAGUCAGAAUGUGCAAAGAUAUCAAGCAUGUUGUCAAUUACAGGUUCAAUACUGGACCAGUCGGAGAAGGACCAGGAGUUGGAUUCUGGGCUCCCAGCUGGAGAGUAUGGCUCUUCUUCCUCAGAGGUAUCACACCCUUGCUUGAAAGGUGGCUUGGAAAUUUACUCGCAAGACAAUUUGAAGGAAGACAUUCCAAAGGAAUCGCCAAAACUAUUACGAAACAAAGAGUAGAAUCACAGUUCGAUUUGGAACUGAGAGCUGCUGUUAUGGCUGAUAUUCACGAUAUGAUGCCUGAUGGUAUUAAAGCUAACAAGACCAAGACAAUCAUGCAACAUCUUUCCGAAGCAUGGAGAUGCUGGAAGGCUAAUAUCCCAUGGAAAGUUCCAGGACUGCCAGCUCCAGUUGAAAAUAUGAUUAUUAGAUACAUCAAGGCCAAAGCUGAUUGGUGGACCAAUGCUGCUUACUUCAACAGAGAAAGAAUUAAGAGAGGAGCUACAGUAGAUAAAACUGUGUGUAAAAAGAACCUUGGAAGACUUACUAGACUGUAUCUUAAAUCUGAACAAGAAAGACAGCAUGAUUACUUGAAAGAUGGACCUUAUGUCAGUCCAGAAGAAGCAGUUGCUCUCUAUACAACAACUGUGCAUUGGCUUGAGAGUAGGAAAUAUAUUCAUAUUCCAUUCCCUCCAUUGAACUACAAAAAUGAUACAAAAUUGUUUGUUUUAUGUCUGGAAAGACUAAAGGAAGCAUACUCUGUAAAAGCAAGGCUGAACUCUUCACAAAGAGAAGAGCUUGGUUUGAUAGAGCAAGCUUACGAUAAUCCUCAUGAAGCUCUUUCAAGAGUGAAGAGACAUUUAUUGACACAUAGAGCCUUCAAGGAAGUUGCGAUAGAGUUCAUGGAUCAUUAUUCUCAUCUUACUCCUGUAUAUGAUAUCGAGCCUUUGGAAAAGAUCACAGAUGCUUACCUAGAUCAAUACCUUUGGUAUGAAGCAGAUAAACGUAACUUGUUCCCUAACUGGAUCAAGCCAGCUGAUCAUGAGCCUCCUCCACUGCUUGUCUAUAAAUGGUGUCAAGGAAUCAACAAUCUUACUGAUAUUUGGGAAACAAAGGACAAUCAAUGAGUCGUCCUUCUAGAAUCAAAAUUUGAAAAAGUUUAUGAGAAAAUAGACUUGACCUUGCUUAACAGACUUCUUAGACUCAUUGUAGAUCACAACAUUGCUGACUACAUCACCACUAAGAACAAUGUAGUGGUUGGUUUCAAGGACAUGAGUCAUACUAAUAGUUAUGGAUUGAUCAGAGGACUUCAAUUCUCAUCAUUUGUGUUCCAAUACUAUGCAUUGAUCCUAGAUUUGUUGGUUCUUGGACUCCAGCGUGCAUCUGAGCUAGCUGGACCUCCUAACUCACCUAAUAAUUUCCUGAGCUUCAAGACAGAGGAGAUAGAGACCCACCAUCCUAUCAGACUUUACUGUAGAUAUAUUGACAGGAUUUUCAUGAUCUUCAGAUUCACAGAGGAAGAAGCUAGAGAUCUGAUCCAAAGAUACCUCACAGAAAAUCCUGACCCCAACAAUGAGAAUGUUGUGGGCUACAACAACAAGAAAUGCUGGCCUCGUGAUUGCCGAAUGAGACUCAUGAAACAUGACGUCAAUCUUGGGAGAGCUGUAUUUUGGGAAACCAAAAAUAGGCUUCCAAGGUCUCUCACUACAAUUGAGUGGAAAGAAAGCUUUAUAUCUGUCUAUUCCAAAGAUAAUCCAAAUCUUCUAUUUAACAUGUGCGGUUUUGAUGUCAGAAUUCUUCCAAAGUACAGAGCUGGAGAAGGCCAGUUCUCCCAAAAAGACGGAGUCUGGAAGUUACAGAACCAGUCAACCAAAGAAAUCACUGCUCAGGCUUUUCUCAGAGUUGACGAUGAGGGCUUCAAACGGUUUGAGAACAGAGUCAGACAGAUCUUGAUGGCUUCUGGAUCAACUACUUUUACCAAGAUUGCUAACAAAUGGAACACCACACUUAUCGGCUUAAUGACUUAUUACAGAGAAGCUGCUGUUCACACUGAAGAGCUACUUGACCUCCUUGUAAAAUGUGAGAACAAGAUCCAAACAAGAAUUAAAAUUGGUUUGAACUCAAAGAUGCCUUCAAGAUUCCCUCCUGUGGUAUUCUACACUCCAAAAGAACUGGGAGGACUUGGAAUGCUCUCAAUGGGUCACAUCUUAAUUCCACAGGCUGAUCUAAAAUAUACCAAACAAACUGACACAGGAAUCUCCCAUUUCAGAGUUGGAAUGUCUCAUGAAGAGGACCAACUGAUUCCAAAUCUUUACAGGUACAUUCAGAGUUGGGAGUCUGAAUUCAUUGAUUCCCAAAGAGUCUGGACUGAGUACAAACUUAAGAGACAAGAAGCCCAGGUGCAGAACAGGAGGCUUACCCUCAGAGACCUUGAUGAUUCUUGGGACAGAGGAAUUCCUAGAAUCAAUACUCUCUUCCAGAAAGAUAGGCUGACUCUAGCAUAUGACAAGGGAUGGAGAGUCAGACAGGAUUUCAAACAGUACCAGAUGCUUAAGCAAAAUCCUUUCUGGUGGACUCACCAGAAACAUGACGGAAAGUUGUGGAAUUUGAAUAACUACAGAACAGAUAUGAUCCAAGCUCUUGGAGGAGUUGAAGGUAUCCUAGAGCACACCUUGUUUAAAGGAACUUACUUCAUCAGAUGGGAAGGACUUUUCUGGGAAAAAGCAUCAGGAUUUGAGCAAAGUAUGAAGUAUAAGAAACUUACUCAUGCACAGAGAUCUGGUCUUAAUCAGAUUCCAAACAGAAGAUUUACCCUAUGGUGGAGUCCAACAAUCAAUAGAAUGAAUGUAUACGUUGGUUUCCAAGUGCAAUUAGAUCUGACUGGUAUUUUCAUGCAUGGUAAAAUUCCAACUUUGAAGAUCUCCUUGAUCCAAAUUUUCAGAGCACAUCUUUGGCAGAAAAUCCAUGAAAACAUUGUCAUGGAUCUGUGUCAGGUACUGGACCAAGAGUCAGAUCACUUAGAGAUCCAAAACACUCAGAAAGAAAGUAUCCACCCAAGGAAGUCUUACAAGAUGAACUCGUCUUGUGCUGAUAUCAUUCUUAUGGCAAACUACAACUGGCAAGUUUCAAACCCUUCACUUCUUCAUCACAGUAAAGAUAUUUAUGACGGAACUACUUCUCCAAAAUUUUGGAUCGAUGUCCAGCUAAAAUGGGGAGAUUAUGACUCUCAUGACAUUGAAAGAUACUCCAGAUCAAGAUUCUUGGACUACACUACAGAUAAUAUGAGUACUUAUCCAUGCCCAACCGGAGUACUGCUUGGAAUUGACCUUGCUUAUAACCUUCAUUCUGGAUAUGGUAAUUGGUUCCCAAAAUCAAAGCCACUUUUCCAGCAAGCAAUGAACAAGAUUAUGAAAUACAACCCUGCACUCUAUGUCCUCAGAGAAAGGAUUAGGAAAGGUUUGCAAUUGUAUUCCAGUGAGCCUACUGAGCCAUACCUUAACUCUCAGAAUUUCGGAGAGCUUUUCAGUAACCAAAUUAUGUGGUUUGUUGACGAUACACAUGUGUAUAGAGUCACCUUGCACAAGACUCUGGAAGGAAACCUGACCACAAAGCCAAUCAAUGGAGCUAUUUUCAUCUUUAAUCCAAGAACUGGACAGCUUUUCCUCAAGAUCAUCCAUACUUCAGUCUGGUCAGGUCAGAAACGUCUCGGACAGCUUGCUAAAUGGAAGACUGCAGAAGAGGUAGCAGCCCUGAUCAGAUGCCUCCCAGCAGAGGAACAACCCAAGCAAAUUAUUGUCACUAGAAAAGGUAUGCUUGAUCCUCUCGAAGUGCAUCUGCUUGAUUUCCCAAAUAUUGUGAUCAAAGGAUCUGAAUUACAGCUGCCAUUCCAAGCUUGCUUCAAGAUCUCCAAAUUUGAAGACAGAAUUCUCAAAGCUACAGAGCCACAAAUGCUGCUUUUCAACUUAUAUGAUGACUGGUCAAAAUCAAUUAGUCCUUACACUUGCUUCUCAAGAUUGAUUUUGAUAUUGAGAGCUUUACAUGUCAACAAUGACAGAACAAAGAUCAUCUUGAGACCAGACAAAAACGUGAAGACUCAGCCUCAUCACAUCUGGCCUACCCUCUCUGAUGAGGAAUGGGUUAAGGUCGAAGUUGAGCUCAGAAAUUUGAUCCUCGCAGAUUUUGCCAAAAAGAACAGUAUCAAUGUUGCAUCGUUGACACAAUCAGAAGUCAAGGAUAUCAUCCUUGGUAUGGAAAUCGCUCCUCCAACCGUUGGAGAGACUGAAGCUGAGAAUAUCGAUCAAGCAAAGAGAGAAGGAGCUGAAGUCACAGCAACUACAGUUACUACUACCAACAUCCAUGGUCAGAAAAUGGUGACCUUGGUCAGUACGCCAUAUGAACAAGAGAAGUUCUCAUCCAAAAAUGACUGGAGACUAAGAGCCAUAAACGCAUCAAACUUACAUCUGAGAACAAAUCAUUUGUACACAAAUAUUGAAGGAAUCUCAGACACUGCAUUCACAUAUGUUAUUCCCAAGAAUGUGCUCAAGAAAUUCAUUGAGAUUUCUGACCUCAGAAUCCAGAUCUGUGGAAUGAUGUACGGAGUCACACCAAAGGAAAAUAAUAUGGUCAAAGAGGUCAGAUGAAUUGUGAUGAUUCCUCAACUCGGAACUCACCAAUCCUAUAAAAUUCCAAAACAAUUCCCAGAAGAUGAGAACUUAUCUGACCUUGAGCCCCUUGGUCUCAUACAUACACAGGCUGCUGAAGGAAAUGAGAUGACUCCAUUUGAUGCGAUCAUGCAGGCAAGGAUCAUCCAGAAUGGACCUAACUUUGAUGCAGAAGCCACUAUCUGAAUCACCUGUAGUUUCAUCACAGGGUCAUGCAACCUCACUGCUUACAGACUUACAUCGGAAGGACUUGAGUGGGGUAAAGAGAACCAAGAAGCAGAAAAUGAAGUCAAAGGAUGGCAAGAUUCUAUGUAUGAAAAAGUUACCAUGAUCCUCUCAGACAAGUUCCUCGGCUUCUUCAUGGUUCCAGAAGGAGGUGUCUGGAACUACAAUUUCAUGGGAAUCAACUUUAACGAGAACAUUAAUUACAGCUUGGUAAUUGAUCAUCCAAAUGACUAUUAUCAUGAGGCUCAUAGGCCAUCUCAUUUCAUUGACUUUGCCCUCCAAGACGAGGAGGAUGAGACUGAAGCACCAGAUAGAGAAGACUUAUUUACCUAAUU